AUGAAUCCAAAUCAGACAAUAACAUAUUUCAUUAUAAAGGGGAUAUCUGAUGAUCCUGAGCUCCAGGCCCCUAUAUUUGUUCUGGUUUUACUCAUUUAUCUCAUGUCUCUUGUCGGGAAUAUGAGUCUCCUCCUCCUGGUCUGUCUGGACUCUCAUCUUCACACUCCCAUGUAUUUCUUCCUUUCUAACUUGUCUAUAGUGGACAUGAUGUCUUCUACUGUCAACCUACAUAAGACUCUUCUAACGUUCAUCACUGGAGACAACACUGUGCCUUACAUUAGCUGUAUAGUACAAUUCUAUACAUAUUCAUCCUUAACAGGAGAUGAAAUUUUCCUAUUGACGGCCAUGAGUUAUGAUCGCUAUGUAGCCAUUUGUAGGCCUCUGUAUUAUACCAUUAUUAUGAACUUUAAAAUACGCCUUCUAUUGGCCUCAUUUUGUUGGGUAUUUGGUUUUUUACAAUACAUUCCAUUCGUCUGGUUUGUAUCUAAGAUCUCUUGUUUCAUCACCAAUGUACUUGACCACUUCUGCUGUGACCUUGUCCCCAUAAUGGAAAUUGCCUGCAGUGAUAUCACAAUAUUGCAAAGAGUUUCCAAUACACAAGGGUUUAUGGUAUUUAUCAUUAUUCCAUGUUUUCUCACUUUAACAUCUUAUAUCUUUAUAAUUAGAUCCAUAAUAAAGAUACGUUCCAGUAUUGGUAGAAGAAAAGCCUUCUACACGUGUUCUUCACACCUCACAGUCAUCGUGCUGCUUUAUACAACAUUGAUCUGUCAAUAUAUUGUACCAGGCAAUCUAUUAGGUUCCAAAAAAAUGUUUUCUUUGUUUAACAUGGCUCUUAUUCCAGUGCUCAAUCCAUUUAUAUAUAGUCUUAAGAACAAAGAUGUCAAAGCAGCUUUUAGAAGGAGGAUCGGGAAUUGUUAA